ACACACACACACACACACACACACACACAAAAGACACUUUCACACACCCGUUGUCAGUGGGUGAGGAGAGAGGUCUGAAGGAUGGAAGCACUGAGGGAGUCUUUUCUCCAUCUGACUUUUCAGAUGUCGUCGUAUAAAAGAGCCACGCUGGACGAGGAAGAGCUGGUGGACUCCACUGGUGAUGACAUCUACCCAUCAUCGCCCAUGCAGGUGACUUUGUUGCACAGCCGAGGUCCCACAUGUUGUCCAGACAGGACACAAAGAGAGAAGAGGGUGCUGUUCUUGGUGUGUGUUGUGUCUCUGGGCCUGCUCAUAUCACUCAUCACAACUGGUGUCUUCUAUAAACAGACUCAUCCCGGCUUGUGCCUAACAGAGCCAUGCAUUACUGUGGCUAGUGCAGUAAUGGGAGCCUUGGACCGAUCAGUAGACCCCUGUAAUGACUUUUAUAGCUUUGCCUGUGGGGGAUGGGUGAAGAAGAACCCCAUUCCUGAUGGAAAAUCCCGCUGGGGGCCUUUCACUCGCCUCUGGGAGCACAACAUGAAUGCAAUGAAGCAAUUAUUAGAAAACACGACCAGGAAAGGUUUGAGUAAGGCGGAGGAAAAGGCUCAGCGAUAUUAUCAGGCCUGCAUGAACGAAACCAAGAUUGAGGAAUUGGGAGCCAAACCACUCCAGGAGCUGAUCCGCCAGAUAGGAGGAUGGGCUCUCACUGGACCCUGGGACAAGAACAAUUUCCAGGAAGUUUUGCGAACAGUGUCGACGAACUAUCACACCUCACCUUUCUUCACUGUGUUUGUCAGCACUGACUCCAAAAACUCCAACAGUAACAUCAUCCAGUUGGAUCAGUCCAGCCUGGGACUACCUUCACGGGAUUACUACCUCAACAAGACGGCAAAUGAAAAGUAUCUGACGGCAUACCUCAGCUUCCUAACGGAGCUGGGGGUUCUUCUUGGUGGCUCAAAGGAAACCUCUCAGACACUGAUGGAGGAGAUCAUGGACUUUGAAACCAGUCUGGCCAACAUCACAGUCCCUCAAGACGAGAGGCGGGAUGAAGAGCUCAUCUACAAUAAGAUGGAGGCCAAGGACCUGGCAACUCUGGCUCCUGCAGUGAACUGGAUGCCGUACCUCACAGAAUUGUUUGCUCCUGUGCCGCUCAAUGACUCGGAGCCAGUGGUUGUUUAUGCCAAGGAAUACCUCCGCAAAGUCUCUGAGCUCAUAACUAAAACAAAUAAAAGCCUUCUCAACAACUACAUGAUAAUGAAAGUGGUGAGGAAGAUGGUGUCUGUUUUGGACCAAAGGUUCCAGGAUGCAGAGCAGCGCUUCUUGGAGGUCAUGUAUGGAAUCAAAAAGAGCUGCACUCCGCGCUGGAAGCUGUGUGUCAGCGACACAGACAGCGCCCUGGGCUUUGCUCUCGGAGCCCUGUUUGUCAAAGCCACGUUCGCUGAAGACAGCAAAGCAAAAGUUGAGAAUAUGGUCACAGAAAUUAAAUGGGCGUUUCAGGAGAGCCUGAAGCACGUGAGCUGGAUGGACUCAGAAACAAAAAGAGCAGCAACAGAGAAGGCAGACGCAAUUUACAACAUGGUUGGAUAUCCGGACUUCAUCAUGAACGCCACAAAGCUGGACAAAGUCUUCAAUGAUUUUGAGGUGGUGUCAGAGCUCUACUUCCAGAACGUCAUGCAGUACUACAACUUCUCAGCCAGAGUGACAGCAGACCAGCUGAGGAAAACCCCCAACAGAAACCAGUGGAGCAUGACCCCACAAACUGUGAAUGCAUAUUACAACCCAACCAAGAAUGAGAUAGUUCUGCCAGCAGGAAUCCUUCAGGCUCCAUUCUACAGUCAGUCUACGUCCAGAGCUCUAAACUUUGGUGGAAUAGGUGUAGUCAUGGGCCAUGAGCUGACACAUGCUUUUGAUGACCAAGGGAGGGAAUUUGACAAGGAUGGAAUCCUGCGUCCCUGGUGGAAGAACUCUUCUGUGGAGGCCUUCAAAAAGCAGACUCAGUGCAUGGUGGAGCAGUAUGGAAAUUACACGAUAAACAAGGAGCCUCUGAAUGGGAGACAAACCCUGGGAGAGAAUAUUGCUGACAAUGGUGGACUGAAAGCUGCCUACAAGGCUUAUGAGAACUGGAUCAAGAAGAAUGGUGAGGAGGCCACACUACCUGCCAUGGGAUUGACAAACCACCAGCUGUUUUUUGUAGGAUUUGCCCAGGUAUGGUGUUCUGUCAGGACACCGGAGAGUUCACACGAGGGCAUAAUCACAGAUCCUCACAGUCCAUCAAGAUUUCGAGUCAUCGGCCCAGUCUCCAAUUCACAGGAAUUCUCAAAGCACUUUGGCUGCAAAGUGGACGCUCCCAUGAACCCGAAGCACAAGUGUGAGCUUUGGUGAUACCUCAUUUUUUGCUGAUGUUUAGCAGCAAAUUAAAUUGACAUUGGGGCAGGGGGAAAAUAGAUAUUCAAUAGCUACAUACUGAAAAGGUCUCUCCGGACAGGAGAUAGUUGAGAGCCACUGAGAAACUUCUGAAACUUGUGACGUCUUUUGCCACUUAAUGUUAGUCAGGCUCCUUACCAAGACAAAAUAUGCCUGCUCUACAUGGAGCAUUGAAUCUCCAGAGCUUCUCUUCAAGAACUGUUGGGUGGGCAAAAUGGCUUUUCCCAAACUCUGAAAUUAGAUAAAGCUAUGAAUACGCUUUUAGAACACUGGAAACCUUAUAGAUAGUUACAAAAUAAUGAGGGAACCACGUCAAACAGCUAUUUGUCACAAUAGUGAUGAAUGAGCAAGGUGAUGUUUUUUUCUCAUGUAACUCUUCACUGUGCUUGGAUCUGCUCUGUUUUAUGUUUACUGAACUUUAUUUAUGGUCACAUUGUUUUAUAUUGAAGUGAAAUGGAGUAAAGGAAGUGAAUUUUAAAUGGAAGUGAAAUGGAAAUUCUGGUUCACAUGUGGACAGUUUUUUAAGAAUUGGUAUAUAUAUAUUUUAACAAAACAACAUCUUAAAUGCAAUAUUUCAUUCACAGUGUGUGUGCAAUUCUAUCAAAGUUGCAUUUGUAUCAUUAUAAUUCAAAACUUGGACACAACUCUUUUUAUGAGUAAGACAUUAUUUUGCAUAAUAAAACCAAUCUUAAAAUAA